AUCAUCUCAGUGUAUACCUCCCCUCUGUCCAAGAUUCCGAGUGCAGGCUUCGGUGCAGCAUUUUCGAGGCUUGCAUGGGCAUUUCCACAAGAAUACAAUGGCACAAUUACCCUCAGUCUACCCAAGCUACACGAAAGGCUAGAUCCAAUAGAGCAUGCGAAGCGUAGGAGGAUCAUGUCUCAGCUAUUCAGUCGAAGUAAGGUGCCACAGCUGGAGAAACUGAUCUCACACCAUGUUGAGAGAUUUAUCGACAAGAUUCGAAAUAGCAAUCCUAUCAUAGAUAUAGGCGUGGCAUCACGAGCUCUUGAAGCAGACAUAAUGUCUGACUUCUCUUUUGGUACAACUCUUGGGGCUGUUGACUUUUGGGCUGGUGAGAAACAGCUGGCUAUGGUUGAGAAGAACGAUGAGAAGGCUACAUGGAUGCCUGUUCUCACAAACUUCCCUCUCUUAUGUCAAUUCUGGGAGAGAAUCGAGCAGAGCCUCUACAGCUUGACGGGUUUCAGAACUAAAUACUCUCAAGGCCUUGCUGAUUUCCAAACCUGGUCUCGGAAUUCAUGGCAAGCCGCUCUCUCGGCUGACUCCGAAUUUGGCAAGCCUAGCAUCAGCUCUCCGAAUCUCAUACAAACCUUGUGCAAUGCUGGCCUACCCGCCGGAACUGCUUUGUCCGAGGCAGGCGAGAACCUUGGUCCAGGAACUGAUACGACGUCCGCUACGCUUGCGCAUAUUAUAUGGGCUCUGGCACACAACUCCUCUUACCAAGAUGCUUUGUAUCAAGACCUGGCCAGUGUCUCCUUUGCAACAGACAUGACUACGCUCGAGAACAUUCCCCGCCUGCAGGCCUGCGUUAAAGAGGGCAUUCGAUGGGCCGGUGCCGCGGCGGCGAUGCUUCCUAGGAUCGUGCCCCCUGGAGGAAUUGAGCUGCAUGGUACCUUUAUCCCAGAGGGGCCGUUGCAGACGGUGCUCACAUCCUCACCUAUCUGGUAUCUACACGACACGAUGGCAUAUCCAAAUCCCAAGCUUUAUGAUCCGUAUCGAUGGUUGUCUCAGGACGGAAAGUCUUUGACCCAAGACAGUCUUCGUGAUCGCUUUUACAUACCAUUUUCGAGAGGCGCAAAUAUCUGCUUAGGAGCCCAUUUCUCGCACCUAGAACUAUACGUUUCUGUAUCCCAAUUUGUACGCAACUUUCGUUUUAAGCCAAGAAACCCGUCACAGUCUAUUAUCGAUAACGAAACCUGGAACUUAGUUCUUCUACCGGAACGCAAAGAGUGGGUGGCGGCAGUGACGGUAGAAAGCCUCCAAGUCGUUACGCAUGAAAGAGCCUGA